CGCCGCCGCCGCUGUCGCAUCGCGGAGGGAUGCGAUGACUGUCAACGCGGAAAUCGGCAAUUCCGUAUCGCCAUAUUGUUCGCGUGUACAUCGCUGGCGAGGUAGUGUCCGAUAAUUUAGCAGUGCAACGAGUGUCGAGCAAAGCACAAAAGGAACAGUGACAGAAUCUCGCCUGAGAAUAGUGCAGUAAAAUGACUUUCAGGCCCCAGGUAGAAGAGCUCGACGAGACUUCGCCCGGCGGCGACCGGCAGAGACCGCAGGACGCAAUGUCGUACCAUCGCGGUGGCCAAGCGGGCGCUGUAGCAUUAUCGUACAGCACCAGUCCGAUGGCGCCGCACUCGCCCAGCCGUAGAUACUCUAGCGGCGCCGGUAGCAGCAACACCACCACAUCCGGGAUCAGCAGUACCACGUCCAAGUUGAACACAUACCGCUCGACCGUAGCCUCGUCGCUGCUCGAUCGGCCGACCAACUUCUACACGUCGUCCUCGGGGCUGCGUUCCAACUACAUCACCUCCGAGUACAGGCGAUCCUACUGCGGUUCGGGCAGCUACUACUCGUCGACUUCUACCGGCACGAGCAUCCGCAGGAAAUAUUCGUCGGAGUACAGUCGAUCCAACUGCUCACCUGCAAGGUCAGUCUCAUCGUCGACGUACAGCGAAACAGGCGGCAGCAGCAGCGGCGUUACGUCAGCAACAACAAACGCCGCCGACAGUACUAGCAGCAACGGCAGAUACGUCUCGUCCACAUCGAGCGCGUCCCCGUCGUCGCGAGAGCGUAACAACAUCGACGCGGCCGCCGACAUCAUCAGCAGGUAUUCUCCAGCCGGUUAUGUGCCGAGUAUUCAACGUCAACAGCAAGCGAGCGGCAGCGCGCAUCACUGGAAGCAUCGCUCGACAUCGUCGUCUCUGAGUGAGCUGUAUGGUGGUGACGAGCGCGAAGUCGAGCGAAGGGAUCCCCGGCCGGAGUCUUCGCUAUCUUCGUCGUCCUCUUCAUCGUCUCCUGCGACGACUAAUCUGUGGACAAGAUCCGGCAAAAGGCGACCGCAUACAGGCAGCACGGUGCUUACCACCAUCGGACAUGUACGCGCGGACAGCACCGCGUCUUUCGCCGAGGUAACGACCGCUAUCGGCGAUCCUCAUCUCGUUGCUCAUAAACUAAAUUUUGACGACGAGAACGACGACGAAAACGACGAUAGUAAGGACAUUACCGACGACGACGAUCAGCAUAACAACAACGGCAACAACCUUGGCGACAACAUCGGGCACGACGACAUCGGCGAGGACAUCGCGUGCGGAUAUGGCGUGAACAACAACGACGCGCGUGACAACAACGACGACGACGAGGACGAAAACGUGGACGAGAACGACGACGACAAAAACAACGACGAUAAUCUCAACAGUCGCCAUCGGCGCUUCUAUCAACAGCGUAGCCACCACCGACCGGACGAGGUUGUCUUACCCGCUAUGCGUAACCUUCUUUCUCCCGCUGCCGCCACCGCCGGUGGUGGUGGUGGUGGUGGCAGUUUGAUCGGUGUUAGUAGCAUUGACUUGUUAACUAAUCUCACGACUAAUCCUCAUAACACUGAACUGCUGAUCAAUAACAACGCUCAGGACAAGACGACAGCAGAGCAGCAGAGGGAGGAAGAGAAGGAAGCCAGGAUCUCGACGAGCAACGAGGUAACACGCGGCGCCGCCGGCGACGAGCCGACAUUUGGCGCGUUCGUGUUUUUACCAUCCCAUCGUCUAAACGACCGUGACAUUCCCGAGGAUGACGAGGAUGAGAGAAAGUCGUGUCUGUCCAGUAGUUCGGAUGACAGUAGUUUGGGAUCACCACCGACUGACACAGUAGCUGGCAGACCGUCUAUUACGCACGGAGACGACCCAUCCGUCCCUUCGACGUCAAGGCGAGCCGAUCAAUCCGGUCUUUUCUCGGGUGCCGCGUGCAGCAGCACGACCGGCAAUCUGACAUCCUCGCCGACAUCUACGGCGCAUCAAAGUUUUUACGAUGCUGUCAACGAGCAAUACGAAGGAAGUCCGACUAACAGAUCGGGCCGUAACCGUCAGGUUUAUCACGACGAACGAUGUGGUUUAAACGGCUUGAGAAAUAUUGGAAACACAUGUUUCAUGAACAGUGUAAUUCAGUGCUUGAGCAAUACGAGACCUUUGCUGGAAUAUUUAUUGAACGAACAAUACCUAGCCGACAUAAACACCAGCACAUCCAGCAUGAAGGGCGCUCUGAUCAAAGCGUUCAGCCAAGUGAUCCACGAAUUGUGGGAGGUGGGCGGUGAUCAUGUGGUUAACACCACCGCGCUUAAAUCACAGAUACAAAGAUUUGCACCGCGUUUUAUGGGCUACAGUCAGCAGGACGCUCAAGAGUUUCUCAGAUACUUGCUGGAGGGUUUACACGAGGAUGUCAAUAGAGUCACCACAAAGCUACCACCUAUACAUGGAGAUAUACCCGAUAGUUACACGGAUACGCAGAAAGCUGUGGAAAGCUGGAAGAGAUAUCUUCGUAGUGAGGACAGUAUGGUAGUCGAUGUUUUCGUUGGGCAAUUACGUUCGUCUUUACAUUGCACUUCUUGCGACCACGUGUCGGUCACACUCGAUCCAUUCUGGGAUCUGAGUCUACCAAUACCGGCCAGAAGUGGUACGGUGAAGCUGAGUCAGUGUUUGGAGCAUUUCACUCGAGAAGAGGUAAUGGAUGGCGACGAAAAACCGACAUGUUCCAAGUGUCAGAUGAGAAGAAAAUGUACUAAGAGCUUCAGCAUACAAAAAUUUCCGAAGAUAUUGGUUAUUCACUUGAAACGUUUUUCUCCGAUGGAGCGCUUCCGUGGCAAGCUGAACGUGAUGGUGGACUUUCCCUUGACGGGUUUGGAUCUCAGUGCCUUUGCCGCCCCGAGAGUUCCGGGAUGUACGUACAAUCUGUACGGUGUCGCGAAUCAUUCGGGUACCACGUAUUCCGGUCAUUACACCGCAUACUGCAAGCAUCCGUACUCGGGGGAAUGGCAUGAGUAUAACGACAGCCGAGUGUCCGUCGUGUCGCCACGAUCGGUCGUUUCCAGUGAAGCCUAUGUACUGUUUUACGAACAACAGCCUCACAGUUCUCACUUGUAACCUUACGCCAUGCCUAGAGAGUAAACAACCAUCUUGCCUCUUUCUCUCUUUCUCUGUUUCUCUCUCUUUCUCUCGAUACCUCAACUUCAGCCUAGUAAACACUGUCUUCUGGACGUAUUGAAAAGCGACUAAACACUGAAAGAAACAAAAGGGGGUCGCUUUUGAUUUCCCCAUUGUGGGCUAUCAUCUUUAUUAUGACCUUGUUGGUGAUAAUCGCGUCUCUUCCUGCAACAUACUGUUUCUUGAUAUGAGAUGUCGCGUAAUGUUUCUUCGUAAGAAAAAAAAUCAUGUUCGUAAUUCGAGAUAAUUGAUGAUUCGAUGUAUGUUGCAAUUGACAUACAAUGCUUAACACGGAAAACAAUCGUUUCCGGAUAUCAUGUUUACAUCUAUGUAUGAAAUUAUUUAUUUCGUUUUACUGUACUGUGUUUUGACAGAUUAAGUUUGCGAUCACACACAUACACACACACACACACAUGUAAACACACAUACACACAUAUAUGUGUUUGAAAAAUA